UCUUUCUUUAAAUUCCCAUUUUCUCAUUUCACUCAAAUAAAUUAAAAGGAAAAAAAAAAAAAAAGUCAUUUCCAAAAUUCCCUUCUCCUCCUCCCCCAAUGACGGACAGAGUCCAUCCCAACGCCGCCGCCGCUGCCGCUGCCUCCAACGGCGCUCCUCCGGCCCCUCCCAAGACCGCUCCAUUUCCCGCCACCAAGUCUCAACUCUACGGUGCCUCUCGCCCUGCCUACCGUCCUCAACCACACCACCGCCGUCGUCACAGCCGUAGUUGCUGCUGCUCUGUUUGCCUUUGGUUAUCCCUUACUAUCAUCCUCCUAAUCUUCCUCCUCGCCAUUGCUUCCGCCGUCGUUUACCUAAUCUACCGCCCUCACCGACCUUCCUUCUCCGUCUCCGCCGUGAAACUCUCUCAGUUCAACAUCACUUCCUCUUCACUCCUGAAUUCGAAGUUCGAUCUCAACGUUUCCACUAGAAACCCUAACAAAAAGCUCGUGUUCACUUACAAUCCAGUCUCGAUUUCAAUAUUCUCAAACGAAAUAGAUAUCGGAGAUGGAGUAUUGCCUGGAUUCGUGCACGAAACAAAGAACACGACGCUACUGAAAACCUCGGUUAUCAGUAAAGGGCAGCAACUGGAUAGUUCAUCGGAAAGCACCUUGAAGAGUAGUAUGAAAAGCAAGAAAGGUUUGCCGUUACAGAUUCAACUCGAUACGAAGGUGAAACUGAAGAUGGGAGCACUUAAAACCCCUAAAAUCGGAAUUAGAGUUACAUGUGAUGGAAUUUCCGUAAACGUUCCAACCGGUAAAUCUCCGGCGACCGCCUCAACUUCCGGUGCAAAAUGUAAGGUUGAUCUUAGAAUAAAGAUCUGGAAAUGGACGAUCUAAAAGAACAAUGGAAGAACAUCAAGAACACGAGGAAGAAGAAGAAGAAGAAAAGAAAAGAAAAAAAAGGUCUCCGGUUUUAUUUUAUUAUUAUUAUUACUUUUUUUUUUUUGUAUUUUCUUUUCCGGAAAUUUAAUUUUCGUCAUCUCUGAUUA